AUUUCUUUCAAAAGAAAAAAGUAGAGUAUUUAUUCCCUAUAGAUAGAUAGAUUAGUGACUAUAACAACCAAUGAGAAAAAGAAGUAGAGCAAUGAAAAUGUCUUCAAACAAGAAUUAACAAAGAGUAGCAAGCAAUUUUGAAAGAAAAAAAAAAAAACUCACCCUCCCACUCGAUCAUCCUCAUUGCUGUUACUCAUCGGCGUUGGUGGUAGGUAGUUACUACUUACUGCCGCCUCCCACCACCCACCACCCAACCAACGUGACAAUACCCGCCACUCCUUCCGAUAAACCCCUAACCCUAAUUUGAGACAAAUAACAAUGUGGCCAGCUAGUAUUACUUCUACUCCUAACCCUUCCUUCUUCCUAUUUCUUCCCUCUAUCAACACCAAAACCAAACCCUCUCUUUUUCAUCCUCACAUUUUCAAUCCAUCUCCCACUCUAUGCCGUUCUGUUUCUUCCGAUUUCAACGGCUGGGACCACCUCGAUGCACCCGUCCGCCCCACUACCACCAAUGACAAAGGUCGUUUCUAUGCUGCUGCUGCUGCUUUUUUAGGCGUUGGAACUUCCAUGGCUAUUCUUCUUGCCACUCUCUCCCUGUCUAGAAAAGGUUUCAAGAUUCAAUUUACAAGCCCGUUGCAAGGAAUGUGGAGUACUACUACUAAUUGUGAUCAAAACGAAGCUGUUGAGUUUGAUGAAUCCAAUGAGGACGCCGCUGUGGCAGUUACACAAACUGUUACGUCUGAAGCUACUGAAAAGCCAGGACGAGUUACAGUCCCUGUUUCAGUGGAUUCCACCCAAGAAGAAGCAUUGUCAAUCUUAAAGAAGUUGAAGAUAAUUGAAGAUGAUGCAGAAGCUAAUGAAUUGUGUACCAGAAGAGAAUUUGCGAGAUGGCUUGUUAAAUUAAAUUCGUGUUUGGAAAGAAAUCCAAAACACAGGAUUGCAACAAUUGUAUCCCUGUCUGGCCUUAUAGUUACUGCAUUUGAUGAUAUCAAUGUUGAUGACCCAGAUUUUCAAUAUAUUCAAGUCUUAGCAGAAGCCGGUGUGGUCCCCAGCAAAUUAUCUUGGCAAAAUAGUUCAAAUGGUUAUGGAUCUGACUACAAAGAAGGCAUAUAUUUUUUUCCUGAUAGAUUCGUUUCACGACAAGAUUUAAUGGAAUGGAGAACUCCAUUGGAAUAUGGAUUUUUCUCUGCGAUAAUUGACCAGGUAUCAAUUAAAAAAGCAGGUUAUAUGGAUGUGAAAGAUACAACAUCUCCAGGAGUUUAUUUGGACAUGUUGGCGGGAGAUAGUAGUAUACUCAGAAAAGUUUUUGGACAGAGUAAGCGCUUUCAGCCACACAAACCUUCAACAAAAGCACAAGCAGCUGUGGCUCUGACAAGUGGCAGGAUGAAAGAAGCAAUAUCUGCUGAAAUUACAAGAUUAGAAGCUGAGAAUUCUGCCAGGCGAGAUGAGGCAGAAGAGAUCAGAUCCGAGCUGCUUAGCCGAGGACACAUACAGAAGUUUUGGGAUGCGAAGCUUAGUGAAGAGAAAAAUCACGGUUCUGAUGUAGAGAGGCUUUACCUUGAGGCAGUAAAUAAUUUGGUGGAAGAGAAGAUCAAUCAAGAAAAGAUAAAUGCUGAAUGUUUAAAAGAACAGGCAGCAAUGGAUUGUCAGAAGCAGAUGCUACUUAGUUUGAAAAAAGAAGUUGAUGAGGUAUCAGAGAAGCUUGCCUCCGAGAGAGUCAUAUAUGUAGAUGAAAAACAAACUGUACAGAAGUUACUCAGAGAUUUAGAGUUCAAGUAUGAACAAAUUCUUGACACCAAAUCCACACUGGAAGCUGAGAAAGAAGCUCUUCAGAUGCUUAGAACUUGGGUGGAGGACGAGGCAAGAAGAAGCCAAGCUCGUGCUGCUGUUCUUGCAGAGGUAGGACGAAGAUGGAAAUGGGAUGACCAAGCUUGAAUGUAGGCAGGCAUGUACCUUAACUGUAAAUUGCUAUAUUUUCAUGUACCAAAAGCAUAAAUCUUCCGGCUAUGAUGCUAUUUGGUAUGGUCUUUCAAUGAGAAAAGUAAAGGAUUGAAGCUCAUGAUAGCCUCAACCUUCGUUUUGUAUUUGUGGAAUAAUUUGAAUUUGAUACCAUAGUGAAGGUAAUAAUAGAACAAUAUAUUGUAAGCUAAGUUGAAA